AUGACACGUAACUCUCGUUCCAUCUACCUCUUCGGGGGCCUCGUCUGUCUGGCCAUCCUCACGCGCUAUGUCCUGGCCGCCGUCGGCAGUGGCGACCAGGUGACCAUCAACGGUGGUGGCAAAGGAGGCAUCAAGAAGGCGCCCACUGGAAAGAGCUCCCUGGUGACGCUCUCUGAGGCCGAUUGGGAUCAGAUUCUUGUGGGCGAGUGGAUGGUGGAAUUCCACGCCCCGUGGUGCCCGGCCUGUCGGGCUCUUCAGCCAGAGUGGAAGACCUUCUCGGGAUGGGCUUCGGAUUUAGGCAUCAAAGUUGGCGCCGUCGACGUGACCGCCUACCCUGGACUGAGUGGACGAUUCUUAGUAACCGCUUUGCCUACCAUUUACCACGUCAAGGAUGGCAUUUUCCGCCAGUACAAGGGCACUCGCGACACGAACGCCUUUGUCAGCUUUAUCGAGGAGAAGAAGUGGCAAUCGAUUGAGGCGGUGACCACCUGGAAGGCGCCCGAUUCUUAUCAAAUGUCCUUUGUCUCGCAACUCUUCAAGAUCUCCAUGGCCCUCCGCUCAGUUCACAACAGCCUCGUGGAAGAUUACGGCAUUCCCUACUGGGGCUCGUACAUCGUCUUUGCCUUAGCCACCAUCCUCGUCGGCGCCAUCCUGGGCCUGCUUAUCGUCUGCGUCAUUGACCUGAUUUGGCCGGCAAAGUUGGGCGAGGUGCCCUACAAGGAGCUGGCCCGACAACUGUCGGCUGGGGCUGCUGCCAGUGGCGGCGGUGCCGGUGGUAAGCAGAAGACGGACGACAUCAUCGAGGAUGACGUCAGCGAGAGUGGCAGCGAUGAGGGCGAAGGCACCGGCACUCCGGGCACUGGGGCCAGCGAGGAGACUGCCACAACCGACGAUGACCAGGCGGCUGGGGCCUCAGCUGAGACUGAGGCGAAGCAGACCAGCGGCGACGACGGCAAGGGCCAGCAGGCGCUACGAAAGCGCCGCGCCCGCAAGGACGGCAACUAA